CAUGCGAGGAAAGUUUCAACAGGCCGAAAGUUGUGUUUUCCAAGUUUCCGACAUACGUGUAUGCUUUUUCUGACGAGUCUGUUACGGAGAUCAAAUCAAGUGUGACAACGUGAACAUUUUAUAUGUGGUGCACGUGAUGGCCCGGCAACCCCCUGCAGCCAUCGAAUGCAUGCAAAGGAGAUAAGAACGCCACCUAAUGCAUGCAAAGGAGAUAAGAACAACUGAUCGGAAUUGUUUUCAGGCGUGAGAAAUAUUUAAUUGCAGCAGUCCAUGUCCAAUAUCGAGUAAUAAAUAAAUAAAUUAUUUCCCGAAUUUGGUAAUUAGGGCGAAAACAUUGCCUCGGACUGUAUAUUUUGUAACCAUUAUAGUCCUUUAGAUUGUUUCGGUCUUGGACGUAGUUGAAAUCAUUCAUUUCAGCUUGAAUUUUGAAGCUUCUGUCAUGGGCAGCCACACGAAAUGUAUAUCACAGGUCUCUUCUGCAAUUUUCUUCCGCCUUAUUUUCUACUUCUGCUGCUCUUUUCCCCAACUCAGUGAAGCUGCUGCAACCACUGAUCCGAAAGAAGUUGAGGCACUCAAAGUAAUUGGCAGCAAAAUGAAGAUUUCUAAAUGGGAUUUCAGUUUGGAUCCGUGCAACAAUGACGAUCCAAACUGGUAUACUCUUUCUGACACAGACGGCCCGCUUGGUGUCAAGUGCAGCUGUGUUUUUGACCGAAAUACCACUUGCCAUGUCGUUAAGCUAAUAGUGUUGUAUGAAGAAUUGCAAGGGAUUGUUCCCCCUGAAUUGGCUAAUCUUACCUACUUGCAAAGCCUUGACCUGAGGUACAAUUUUCUGAGUGGAUCGAUUCCUGCAACUUUAGGCUUAUUAUCGCGCCUCGAGUAUCUGUCCCUUGGGCAAAAUCGUUUAACUGGUGAAAUUCCAAAGGAAAUGGGGAAUCUUACCAAGUUGAUAUCUCUGAGUUUUGAUACGAAUAGUUUAUCAGGAACGCUACCGGCACAGCUUGGAAAUUUGACAAAUCUGGAGCAACUCUAUAUACGAAGUAAUCAAAUCACUGGAACAAUACCUACAACGUUUUCCAAUUUAAAGAAGUUGAGAGUAUUUCGAGCAUCCAGCAACAACUUCACCGGAAAACUUCCAGAUGUUAUUGGAAACUGGACCCUACUUGAGGACUUGAGAUUGGAAGGCACUUCUUUUGGAGGGCCAAUUCCUUCAUCCCUUUCAAAUUUGACCAAAUUAACUAGCCUUAUCAUCUGCGAUUUAUCUAAUGGUGGCACUUCCCUUCCAUUCUUAGCAAACCUAACGAAUCUCAAAACAUUAUUUUUAAGGAACAACAAUAUCUCUGGGCAAAUUCCUGAGUACAUUGGAGAAUUGGAGGAGCUACAGAUGCUGGAUUUGAGCUUUAAUACUUUGAGAGGACAAAUACCAAAUUCAUUAAGAAAUUUGAGCUCUUUGAAGUACUUGUUUCUUGGUAGUAAUUAUUUAUCAGGUUCACUCCCUUCAUGGCUAAAUGAAUUUGGUGGCAAAGUAGAUUUGUCAUACAACAACUUUUCAGGGUCAAUUCCAACAUGGAUUAAUGGUCGUAAUCUAACCAUAAACUUGAUUGGGAAUUUCUUGGAGAGCAAUGGAACAAAUCAAAGAUCAUUGGCUUGCCUCCAACGAAACUUUCCAUGUCAUAAAGGAAAACCAAAGAGUGAGUAUUUUGCACAAUAUAUUUCUUAAUAUGCAUUUCUAUACAUCUU